AUGGACGAGCUAUACCACGCCCGCCUCUCUGCGCACCCGCACGAGCCCUCGGAACCGCAUCAACCUCAACCCGCGCCCGUCCCUGUCCAGCUGCCCAACAUAUACGUCAACCCCUUCCCGCCUCCUCCGCCUCCUCAGCCGAGACGCUACCCCUCGCCGCCGAUUAUCCGACGACAGAUACCCCCGCCUGUCAUCCCAGGACCGGCGUACGUAUCGAACAUGAUGCGCUUCGGUCCAUUCACUUUCGUCAAGCCACACCCUCUUCUGUGGAUCAGCCUGUUCAUCAGCCUCGUAGCGCUAGUCCUGGGUGUUCCGAGAGGGUCUCUUCCUACCUUGACGGGCAGACACAAGGAACUGCGGGCGAGAGAGAAGAUCGUCGACGAAAAGCUCAACCUCAUCUCCCACCUUUCCCACUUCCUACCUCCGCCUUUGGCGCAUCUCGUCCAUCCCGAUACCACCUCAGCGGGGCUGAAGGGGAAUACCUGGGCGUCAAGCCAGCACGCAGGACUACGAUUCUGGAAUGGGCGCUCCCAUGCCGGCGUGCGCCCAGGGACGGAGGGGCGAUGGUGGUCUGUCGAAGAGAUGGGUGAGGGGGCCAGUGUUGUGCGGAGCAGUAGUGGCGCAAGGGGCGAUGCGUCAGAGAAGGAGGUUUGGGUGUUGAGGAUGGGUGAGACGGAUGAUGCGAACCGUCCCCUCCUCUCGGCACUCACCCACUCCCUCUUACUCCGGGACAAGCUCCAACAAGACCUUGGCGAAGCUCGUUCGCGUACUCAGGCCGCCCUCGAAGUCUCUACCGCGCUCAGCACCGUCUCCACUCCCAGUGCCCAGCUACCACUCGCGCUGGGCCACCGUCACGCGGAGAGGGAAAAGCAGACUGAAGUGCUGCAGGAAGAUUGGGAGAGGCUCGAGGUACGCCGGAAGCGAGACAAGGAGCGGGAGGGGGAGGUGGAGGAGAGGGAGAAGGCGGUGGGUGCGAGGGAGAAGUGGGUCGUGGAGGAGAUGAGGAAGAUGAGUGAGAAGGUUCACUCUCAAGCCACCGAGCUCACCCUCGAGGACCGCAUCACCGCGCGGCUCAAGUCGUACCAGCGGCAACUAGCCCACCUCCAGUCAGGCUCCUCUCCCGACAGUGCUCAUCACGGACAAGGCGGAGAGAGGGACUCAUAG